AUCUUUUUGUCCAUCUGCUGUUGAACCUAGCUCGUCUCCAGGCAGAAGGAUGUCUUCCUACCAGCAGACCUGCAACUACAGCCGCCCCUCACCCUGUGAGGCGACCUGCCCACAGCCCUUCGCCAAUGCCUGCAGCCAGCCCUGCGUCGCCUCCUGUGGGGACUCCCGAGCCAUCAUCUACCCCCCGCCCGUGGUCAUCACCUUCCCGGGCCCCAUCCUCAGCUCCUGCCCUCAGGAGAGCAUCGUGGGCAGCUCGGCCCCUCUGGGGCUGGGCAGCUCCUUCAGUCUCGGAAGCUCCCAGGAUGUCCAGAGCCCCUCGGGAUCCGGGGUCGCCCCAGGCGGCCGGUACUCCUACACCUCCUACACCCGCAAGACGACGUACUGCCCCUCGAAGCCCCGCUGUGAUCUCCCCAGCACCAAGACCUCAUAGGGGGCAGAGCAAACCCACGGCCUCUGAGUGAGCAACAGGGCUGCAGCAGGAGUCCUCUGGGGCUGGCUGGCACCACCACCUCCCUGAGAAGCAAGCCCAGACACUCUGUUCCCUUUGUAUUGGAUCUCUGCUCAUGAUCCUGUUCUUCAUGUAAUCCCUUUUUACUUUGCUGUUGUGUAAAUUUAACUUAAUUCCUCUGCUUUGUUCCCUGAAGU